UAUUAUUGUGUAACCUCUAAAAUAAAAUUGUAUAAAAGCUUAAAAUAAAGAAAAAUAAGAUUUUAUAUAACAGUUAUAAUAGAUAUUUAUGACAUGUUACAUGAAAUAUCACGAAAACGAAUAACCGUAAAUAAAUAUGAAGAAACAAGCAUAUCUUGGUACAAUUCCGUGUUGGUAGUGCGAGGAUAUAAAACUUUACAUUUAAUUGAUUUUUCAUACAACUUAUAUUCUUUAGAAAAAGAAAUAGAUUUAAAGGAAUGUACGGUAAGCGUCAGUUAUGACAGCCCAGUACCAAAUAAUUAUCUAUCAAAUUAUGCUGCACAAGGAGUCAACAAUUUGGAACUUGUGGAGAUGAUUACAAACCCAGCCUUUUGGCCACAUAAUAAAUUGCUUACACAGGAAAUGACAAAUAUAGUAUCAUUUAAAUGGUCUCCCGAGAAUCUAAUAAAUAACCACGAAAGUGUACUAGCAACGGUAAACAGUGUUGGUAAUAUAGAAUUAUUCGCUAGAAAAAAGCAAUUAUGGUACAGUAUAAUGGAGUUCUCAAAGGAAAUGAUGAAACAUUUAAGUACUAGAUUUGAAUUAUUAGACCAAUGCCCCCAAAAGUUUAAAGAAAUGGAAGAUGUUGUAUAUAGCUUAGAAUCAUCAACAAUUUGUUGGUGUCCAGUACUGAAUCCCGAUAAUUCUUGUUACCUAGCAACAGCUCAGAAGUCUGGUGAAAUAUUAUAUUGGUUACUUAAAUGUAAUGAUACAUUGCAAACCGAAUACUGCGGCAGUAUAAAGAAUUCAAAUGAUGUUGAAAUUCCUUUAAUGGUUUGGGUAUCCAUUGAUACAGGUAAAUUUAUACUAAUUAUUACAAAUGAAAGCGGUCAAGUAUUAGCUAAUGAAUGUCAAUUAGUUGAGAAUAAAGUAACACUUAUAAAGGAACACAUCUUAUGGCGACAUACAGAUAAAAUGAUGGUCACAUAUUUGGAAUACACAUUUAUAAAUGACAUGUUAUUAGUAUUAUUUAAUAAACACAGACAUUUAAUAGUACAAUUGUACGACAAAAGCUUUAGGCUAGUAUGUCAAUGUGUGAAAAAUGUGAAUGAUUAUAAAAUAUCAUCUAUUAAAAAGUUUAAAAAUAUUUUCUACAUCAGCACAAUUAAUACGAAUAUAUACAAAAUCAAUUAUACCAUCACCGAAGACAAUGUAGAAGUUACAUUGGAACCAUUUGAUAUUAAAGAUACAUAUACAUCAUGUGAGCUAUUCGGUAUUGGAUGUUCAAAUAACAAUGUUUUAUUCGCUCUAGCUAUGAUCGAUAGAAGAUUAUUAUAUCGAAAACAAUCAUUAAAAAUCGAAAUAAUUUUUCUUUGCCCUGAAUCUGAACCCGAAGUAGAAGCUACAGCCAUUAUAAAUAAUCCAUUAAAAAGAUUAACUCAUAUGUGGGAUUACCUUGAAAUUUUACGAUGCAAAAUAAUAAAAACAAAAACGUUACCUCAAAUAGACUAUUAUAAAUUGCUAAAAGAUGGUGCAAGUGAUGUGUAUAAAUUAAAAGUAUAUUUAGUUUUUUUAAUUUUCUAUCAAAAUUUGGAAAAGUUAAUGGUACCACAUUUAAAAGGAAAACUUCCAGAAACAUCGAUAGAUAUUAUAAAAGAUAGAAUCCUAUUUGUUCAAGCAAUAAAUGUUAUUAAUGAUGUUUAUGAUAAAUAUACAAAGAACAAUCAUUUAACUGAUUUUGAAAAAGAGUGUUUUGAUUGUAGUAAAAGAUUUAUUAAUUAUUAUUGUAUGUUAUAUUCUGGAAAUCGUGAUGAUUAUGUGUCUGACGAUAUUUGUUCAAUAUCUAAUUUGAAUGUUGAAUACAUGUGUCAGGCGUGUGACGAGAAAUUAUUGCAGUUUUCAUGUAGAAAUGGACAUCUGAAUAUGUUUUGCUCUCUCACGUUCAGUCUUAUUGAAAGUGAUCAAUACAUAAUAUGCAAAAGUUGCGGCUCAACUGCAAGAAUGGAACUAUAUAAGGAUAAGCCAACUUGUGUUUUCUGUGAUUUACAUUUGAUUAGUGUUUAAAUCUGCAUCAACUGCGCUACGGUCUCUUCAAACACUCCAGUAACUUGAAAUAAGUUUUAUUCGUUCCGGAACAUAAUUUUCUAAACUAAGAAAACAAUUGAUUAAAGAUUCUAAUAUCUGAGAAA